CGGAAGAUAAUUAGUUCUGUUUGGUUUGAUCAAAGUUUUCAAUAAGGACGACGAAGGAAAGGGAGCUUGGAGUGUGGCAGCGCUACAAUCUGUUAAAUUACACAUAGUUGAGAAAUUACCGCGACUGUCAAUACAGCUGCCGGAAGACCCAUUUUUUGUAUCACUGUGGUUAUAUUUAUUUGAGGGAGGGGGAGGCUAAUAUCAGUAAAGGGAACGGUGACAGCAACAACAAGGAUAGACAGCUGUUGUUUCAUGAGAUGGGCACAGAUGAGUGAAUCGCGUUCCUGGAUGGUGUAAUCGACUUCACUGGUGAUACAAUAAAUUCACGUGUUAUUUGUUUAUCUGUCAUUAAAAUCAGAACUAUGGAUUCCUCGGCAUUGGAGUUGGAUGCUGUAAAAUUUGCAAAAUCUGCCGUUUUCAAUGACCAAAACGGAAAGUACAAUGAAGCUGUUUUUUAUUAUAAGGAAGCUGCUCAGGCCUUGAUUUAUGCCAGAAUGGCAGGAUCAAAAUUGGAGAAUAUUCAGGACAAAAUUAGCGAAUACUUAGACAGGGUGGAUGCCCUUCACACUGCAGUUCAGGCACAGAGCAUUGAUCCCCUUAAGUCGAAGCAUCAGCUUGAUCUAGAGCGGGCUCACUUUCUGGUCACACAAGCCUUUGACGAUGAUGAGAAAGGCAACGUGGAAGAAGCUGUAGAACUGUACACGCAGGCUGUGGAACUGUGUAUAGAAACGGCUAAUGAGACUUCUGACCAAACCCUCCAACUCAAACUGAAACAACUAGCUCGGCAGGCCCUUGACAGAGCAGAGGGUCUUAAAGACACCCUGUCUAAGCCAGCUCCCAAGGACAGACCUGCAUCGGCCAAGCCCGGUAACCCAGUGAGAAGCUUCAAGCCCCUGGGACCUGACUUCAGCCUGCAAGAUAAACCCCAGCCAGUCCGACCGGUGCAGUCCUGCGAGCCACAAGGGCAGAAGUACACAAACGAGGAGAUUGAAGUCUUGAGGAAGACCUCUAGGAUUAAUGGUAUAGAAUAUGUCCCAUUCAUGAGUGUUGACCUAAAGGAACGGUUUGCCUUCCCAAUGCCGUUUUCAGACAAAUUUGGAAAGCUCGCCCUGUCACCCAAACAGAAAGCCAUAUUCUCCAGAUGGGUUCGACCAGAUGAGAUUUCCAACAACCCCACCAUGAUCUACACUGUGUCCAGCUUUAGCAUCAAACAGACUGUGGUAUCAGACUGUUCUUUUGUAGCAUCUCUGGCAAUAAGUGCAGCGUACGAGAGGCGCUACAACAAGAAGUUAAUCACAAGCAUUAUCUACCCUCAGAACAAAAAUGGACAGCCUGAGUAUAACCCAUGUGGGAAGUACAUGGUCAAGCUUCAUAUAAACGGGGUUCCCAGAAAGGUUAUAAUUGAUGACUAUUUGCCAGUGGAUCACAAUGGGGAGCUGCUCUGUUCCUACUCCAGCAACAAGAAUGAGCUGUGGGUGUCCCUGAUUGAGAAAGCCUACAUGAAGGUCAUGGGGGGGUAUGAUUUCCCAGGUUCCAAUUCGAAUAUUGAUCUUCAUGCUCUAACUGGUUGGAUCCCUGAACGAAUUGCCAUGCAUUCAGACAAUCAAGCUUUCAGCAAAGAUGACACUUUCCGAAUGCUGUAUCAAAGGUUUCAUAAGGGACACGUCCUCAUCACAACAGCGACGGGGGUGAUGACAGAGGAGGAAGGCGAGCGGUGGGGCCUGGUGCCCACACAUGCUUACGCUGUCCUGGACAUUCGAGAAUACAAGGGGUUACGGUUUCUUCAGCUCAAAAAUCCUUGGAGCCACUUGCGCUGGAAAGGACGCUUCAGUGAGCGCGACGAGAAGAGCUGGACGACAGAACUGCUCAAAUACCUCAACUUUGACCCCAAAACCGCACAGAAAUUUGACAACGGGGUGUUCUGGAUUACCUGGGAAGACCUGUGUCAGUACUAUGAUGUUAUAUAUCUCAGCUGGAGUCCUGCACUUUUUAAAGAAUCAUCGUGCAUUCACAGCACUUGGGAAGCGAAGCAGGGUCCAGUGAAAGAUGCCUACAGCCUGGCUAACAACCCACAGUUCAAGCUGGAGGCGCAGUGUCCACAAGGGGGAGCUGCAGUCUGGGUUCUGCUCACCAGACACAUCACAGAUAAGGAUGACUUUGCUUCUAACCGAGAGUUCAUCACCUUGGUUGUGUACAAGACAGAUGGAAAGAAGGUCUACUACCCAAGUGACCCUCCACCUUAUAUUGAUGGCAUUCGAAUAAACAGCCCCCACUACCUUACUAAAAUCAAGCUGACGACCGCAGGGACCCAUACCUUUUCACUGGUGGUAUCUCAGUAUGAGAAGCAGAAUACUAUUCACUAUACAUUGAGGGUGUACUCUGGAUGUAAAUGUAAUUUCACAAAGAUCCCUACUCCCUACACUCAGUACAAGAGGAGCAAUGGUCAGUGGAAAGGUCAGAGUGCUGGUGGCUGUGGGAACUACAAAGAGACCUACAAGCACAACCCGAUCUAUCAGUUCCAGCUGGAGAAGCCAGGGCCACUGCUGAUUGAACUGCGAGGGUCACGGCAGUACAGCGUUGGGUUUGAAGUCAUUACUGUCUCCACAGUGGGGGAACCUGGACCCUCUGGCUUUCAAAAGAAAAGCAGCGGAAAUUACAGGUGUGGAUUUUGCUACAUGGAGGUUGAUUUUGUACCUGCUGGUGUUUACAACAUCAUUCCCACCACCUUUCUCCCCAAUCAGGAGGGUCCCUUCUUCCUGGACUUUAACAGCACAACACCACUCCAGGUUUCCCAGCUCCAGUGAUGUGGGGUGCAUCAAUGGUUGAAGGGCUUUUAUUAGUUAGCAGUAAAGAGAAUGCAGGUGUUUUUAGAAAACAAUUAAAAACUUAAACAGUCUCAGGAAUAUUACAGCAGUGUUUAUUUCUGACAUGCUUGCUUUGUGUAAGCCUCUGCAGCCAAAGGAAGAUACCUCUCUAUCUUUUUUUUAGAUUUUCAGGACUCUGAUGUGUGAAAGCCAUUAAGUUAAACUGGGAUUGGCUGCUAGAGGUUUUACAGUUCUCCACAGUUAGGUUCUGGGAAAACAAAUAUUUAUGCAGUAAAAUAUACAUGUAUCAUCGUUGCUUACAAAUACAGUUAGAUUCUGACCAUGUUAGUGGUGUAGCUAGGAAUGGAAAUUUGGGUAGGCCCCAACUUCUUCCGGCCAGUCAACGACCAAAGAUCUGAUGUCGCAGCAAAUCAUGUAGAAUUUUAAACAUAAACCCCUGAAAUAUAUUAAAUACCACCCAGUACAUCCAUUUAACAUGUUUUAAGUAGACAAAUAGAUUCUGCAUAAAUCUGCAGUAAUUGAACUUUAACACUAGAAGCCCUUGUGGCAGUCAUUUUGGUGGUUUUUGGUUUUAAAAUGUAAUUUUCUCCAGUCGUGUAACACAUAUGGGGCUGUGCGUUCGUGUACCUUUCUGUCCGUAUGUAUUAAAUAUUCUCACAAAGCAUGAAACGCGGGAGUGCAGAAAUAAAGGAGAUAUAUUACAUUAUACCUAAAAGCCCCGGGAGCAGUCACAUUGACGGCCACACAGAAACAAUUGUAUUUUCAUUAUACAGAACGAUAUUCUACUUUAUUAUUUUUAUUUACCAGUCCGCAAUGUGUUUAGCUGUAAUUAGAUUUGUCUCCACUCUCUGCCUGAGUGAAUGACUGACAGUCUUAUUGUUUUUCAAUCAGCCUUUUGAAAGGCUGGCGCCUGCUUGCCAGCUGUGCUGCUUUGGUCAAUCAAUUAGCAUCGGGACUAGUGAAAAUAAAUACCAGAGACCGUGGAGUUUUACAACGCAACAAAAUAUGAAAUUGAUGUUUGGAUCAGAUGGCACGGAAGUAUUCUGUGAAAGCUGGCUCCCGACGGUGGUCUGUUCAGGUAUUUUACAAUGUAUUGGACCUAGCAGCUAUCAACUCCUGAGUACUUUACAAAGAAUGCACGGAGCAAAAUUUACCAAGGAGAAUAUAUUUCACAGUUAGCACAGGAACUUCGCAAGAAGCAUUUGGAGCCGAGAGAAACUGCCAAGCGUGUACCCACAGCUGAAGCUGGCAACCUCGCUGAGAGCUAAAAGAGACGCCAAUGCCAGGUUGGCAAGUGCAAUAAAAAUAAAACUUCAAACAGCUGUGCGAUGUGUAGAAAGGCGGCUUGGAGAAGCACAUUAUCUGUGUUGAUUGUGAACAGCCUUAGACUCAAGGUAAAGGAAUAUCAUUUUGUCGAAAAAAAAGAAGAAAAAGAAAUUAGACUUUUUUUAUAACUUGUGCUGUGUGCUUCUGUAAAACAUUUUCUUCUAAGUUUAUUUAUCUACGUUGUUCAGUUGCUUUUGCGCAUCUGAUAAUAAACCGAUUGCUGUUGAAAAGUUAAAAAUGUAUUGCUAUCGUUUCAGUUUUAUAAAUAUGUAUGUUGUAAACCGAUGUCUGUUCAGAUGUUUAUUUACUUACAUUUUCGUGUUUUGAUUUGUAAAAUAAAUGUUCAUAUGUAC